CGGCUUAACUCGCAAACAAAAAUGUUGCAGCGUUUUCACUUCAUCCAAUGGUUGUGCGACACCAACAUGAACGCUUACGAAUAAUGCAAGUCACAAUCUCAUAAUGCAAGCUCGAGGUCUUGAGCCUGACGCCAUUUUCACCGAUCGUUUACAGCUAAUGCAUAUGUCUACUCGAGUCAUUCUACAAUCACUGUUGAGUCAUACUGCCAUGAUUGGUCCCAAUUGGCACUAUGAUUCUGCUACUAUAAUAAUAAAAUAUAAACCAGCCUCAAAAGAUUUUGCUCUGAUUCCAUGGUGCUUCUUUAAAGGCCUUGGUUUCUUUUUCAUGCCUGUGAAGUUGCAGAGGAUUAGAAGUCCAUCAGAAGAGUGCAUGAACAAGGCUCAGGGCGGAGGCUACAUUAAAGUCAUCUUCUAACCAAGCGAAAUUGGAUACUUCAGUUUGUGAAGUUGCAAGCAAAGCCGCCUCAUCCUCUUCGUCUUAUAAGCCGUUCUGAAGGCCUUUCUUUUUGUGCGUUUUGGAGUGCUGUCGUCAAGAUUUUGGUGGCCUUCACCAAAAAUGGAAGGUUUCACCUUCUUCAUUGGUAUCUUGGGCAAUGUCACGUCAAUGCUUGUAUUCCUUGCGCCCAUAGACACCUUCAAGAGGAUAGUAAAGAACAAAUCGACGGAGGAAUUUGACAGCCUUCCAUACAUAUGUUCGUUGCUGAGCGCAUCUCUAUGGACGUACUAUGGCAUUGUACAGCCCAGCGCAUUUCUUGUCGGCACAAUCAAUGCGUUUGGAAGCGUACUUGGGAUUGUUUAUGUUGGCCUUUUCCUUUUCUAUGCUCCUCCAAGCAACAAGGUUAAAAUUGCACUUAUUGUAGGGACUUUGAAUGUUGGAUUCUUGGCGGGAGCGAUUUUAUUUACGCGACUGGCAUUUAAAGGAGAAGCUCGGGUCGCAUCCAUGGGUUUCUUGGCCGCAGGUUUCAUCAUUGUCACGUACGCUUCGCCGCUUUCUUCCAUGAGGACGGUGGUGAUGACCAGGAGCGUGGAGUACAUGCCUUUUUACCUUUCAUUUUUCAUCUUCCUGAGUGGGGGCGUUUGGGCUUUGUAUGGUUGGUUGAUAGGAGAUUAUUUCGUUUCGGUACCAAAUGGGACAGGAUGUAUACUUGGAACAGCUCAACUAGUGCUGUACGGGAUAUACAGAGACACCAAGCCACCCGCCAGGGACAGCGCCUGCGUCAGCUUCUACGACUUGGAAGAAGGAUGGCAGCGUCAGCCCCUUCUGUCUUCGACCCAUAGCUUAGUUUCUUCCACCCAUAGCUUAGUGAGUUCCACCCAUAGCUUAUUGGCUUCCGGCCAUAGCUUCUUGGAGUCUUGACGGAAAAUGUCAUGUUUGGAUAGCAGAUUAUUAGGGAUAAUUUUUUUUUUACUGCAAAUAAUAAACUAUCCAAAUUAACUGGUAUCAAAUAUCUACCAAUUAGAUCCCCGAAGGACGUGCGUGAUAGAAGGGGGGCCAGAAAAUUUCUCAUUUACGUUAUAUAAUUUUUGUUUUCCUUUUUGGCUUUUUAGUUAAA